CACAAUGUUCAUAUUCGCGAACAUGACUUUAGAGUUGGAAACAUGGUAAUGUCUAGUGAAUUGCUCUAUUUAUGUUAACAGGUUUAACGCAUUAUGAAUAUUUUUCAUAAAUUCACUAAUUUGUUGAUAAAAACAUUGCAGAAAAAGCAUCAAGAUUGCCAAUAUUCGUUCAUAAUCGCUCGUUUAGUGACUAUGAGUCAUAUACGCGUUUUAGACGGACCCAAAUUUUCAAGCUACAAAGAACGCCGAAAGCGAAACUAAUUCGAAAUCUUGGAGGAUUUACAUAUUACAAAUGCAAUUCAUAAUAUAAGAAUGCGCGUGCGCGUAACAAGAAGAUGCUGCUCCAUGGGGGCCAGGGGACGUUUCCCACCAAGAAAGGAUGAGGUACGUACGGUUUACAGACAGCGUUGUUUUCAUGGUACAAGUAUAUGGAUGGCUUAAGUGUCGUGACGGAAGAUGAGUGUUUUGCAGGGAGUGAAGAGAAAUUAACUUUUGAAUAUAGUGUUUCCAUAACAAACCGGUUUGAACAAAGGCAAGAUGGCGGGCCUGGUGGUUUUGAAACUGUCAACAGAAAGAGGAAAAAACAAAGCAGCGGUUCAACAGAUGCCUUUGUGAGUAUGAACACAGAUAAAAAACUUGUAAACAUUUUUGAACAAAUAAACAAAACGUAUGACAAAGUAGGAACUAUCGAAACCCAGCAAACCACAUGCAACAACGAUAUGAAAAAUUUCAAACAAUGUUACCUGGACUUAGACUAUAGGCUACAGAAAAUGGAAAAUCUAUGCAAAACACAGGCCUUACAGUCAAAAGCGCUAUCAUACAAAUCUAUUGACGCUCAAGCAAAGAGUAUGAGAGACAAUAUAGUUAUAUAUGGCCUUACAGAGAAUAUACAUAGGGAUGCAAAAAACUUAGUUCGAGCCUUUAUUGAGAAUGAACUAGAUAUUGACACUAGUGAGAUGUAUAUAGAGCGAGCACAUCGAAUAGGAAAGGGCCCACGAACCAAUGAAAGUAAGCGGCCGAUGGGUAUACGGUUCAGGGAUUAUGUCGACACAGAAAUCAUAAUGGAAAAGACCUAUAAACUGAAAGGAACAACGUUUGGCAUCGGCAGGCAAUACCCCAGAGAAAUAGCCAGAGCACGAUCAGAGCUGCACAAUAGCCACGAAGCACGUGACGCGAGAAGCAGACGCCUUAAAAUGCAGAUCCGGUACCCAGCAAGACUAUAUGUUGAGGGGAAAAUGGUUAAGGAUAAAUUUCCAGACUGGUAUGAAACACUGAACAUGGACCGACUGGGUAAUACCACGACUGACUUAAGAAAUAACACUACUGAUACAAGAAAUAGGCAAGACCGAAAACACUACAGUGUUUAUUCGAAUGACACAGUUGUCGACAGUACAAUCCCAACAGCUGAUCGGAGAAGUCACUCUGAAAAUGAAGAAGCGUUCGAAGUAGCCGAAAAUAGUGAACACAGCUGCAAAGAAAGUGACAGAGGCCACGCCCCCAUGGAGGUAAACAAACCACACAAAACAGCUGCCUAUGAAGAAAAGCAACAUAAAAUCGAAAACAAACUGUGUGCUGAUCAAUGCCCAGAUUCAUCGGCUACAGAAGGACGUAAUCAGUCCUUUAGUGAAGUGGUUAUGUCAACACAAAACAAAAUUAACAAUGAUAACAAACAGUUACACAAGAACACGUCAACAAACAAAUAUAAACCGGCACCACGUGGAAAUGCGAUGAUUACGAAACGCAAAUCUAAAAAUAGACUAGGAAACCCGUCAGAUGAGGUAAAACGUGACUACUCGCUGGGACCUGUAAUAUAA